AUGGGUGGGUAUGCAGCUGGAGCCUGUGAAGCCAACAGAUGCUGUUUUCAGGACCUGCCAUACGUGGACACAGACUCAGUCUCAGCCUCGGGACCCCGGAACCUGAGCUGCUACCGGAUCUUCAGCACUGGCGGCUAUGAGUGUACCUGGCAGUAUGAGGGCCCAUUGACCGGGGUCAGCCACUUCCUGAGGUGUUGCCUUAGCCCCCGGCACUGCUGCUACUUUGAAAUGGGCUCAGCCACCACGCUGCAGUUCUCCGAUCAGGAUGGAGUGCUUGUGCUCAGUGUUGUCACGCUCUGGGUGGAGUCGCGGGUCGAGAACAGGACAGAAAAGUCACCUAAGAUUUCUCUGCAGCUCUACAGCUCAGUUAAAUACGAUCCUCCUCCCAGUGACAUCAGGGUGUCCAGGGCAGCAGGUAAAUUGCUCAUGGAGUGGAAGACCCCAGUUCACCAGGAUGGUGCUGAGGUACAGUUCCAGCACCGGACGUCUGGCCGCCCCUGGAAGUUGGGUCACUGUGAACCUCAGGAUGACGCUGGCUUAGAGUCCUGCCUCUGCCCCCUGGAACAGGAUACAGUCCAGGAAUUCCAGCUGCGGCGGCGGAGGCGGCUCAGGUCCGAGGCCCCAGCAGGUCCCUGGAGCGAGUGGAGCAGUCCCGUGUGUGUCCCUGCUGCAGUCCCCCCCCAGCCCAAGAUGAAUUGCUCAGUGAAGUUACUUGGCCCAGAUGGGAGGAGGCGGCUGACCCUAAAGGAGCAGACACCACCCGAGUUUGAGCUUCCUGAAGGCUGCCGUAAUGCACCCAGCAUGGAGGUAACGUACCUCAUUUACCUGCACAUGCUGUCCUGCCCAUGCCAGGCCAAGGCCACCAAGAUUCUGCCCCUGAAGAGAAAGCUCAUCCUCUCAGGUGCUGCCUACAAUGUGACUGUCAUCUCUCAGAAUCUUUUUGGUCCUGGCCUCAACCAGACUUGUCUCAUUGCUGCUGACAACCACACAGAAUCCGUGGCUUUGAAUAUCAGUGUUGGAGCCCAGGAGACCACAAUGCACUGGGCAGGCAAGGCCCAGUCCACUUAUUGCAUUGAGUGGCAGCUCUAUGACCAGGACAAGAGCUGGGCCACCUGCAACCUGGUGGAUCCGCAGGCCCUGGAUGCAGCUGGAAUGGUUACCCACAGCUGGAGCCGAGCACCAGGGACAGCGGAGCAGGAGGGGUGCUAUCGGAUCACCAUUUUUGCCUCUGAGCACCCGAAGAAGCUCGCCUUUUGGUCCAUGGUCCUAUCUACCUACCACUUCUGGGGCAAUGCCUCAGGGGCUGGGAUCCCGGAGCAUGUCUCAGUGAAGAAAUAUGGUAAAAACAGUGUAUCGGUACACUGGACAAAGUCACUGCUGAGCUCCUGUCCUGGCAUCCUGAAGGGACAUGUUGUGAGCUGUCGGAAUGAGGACAACAGCCAGGAGACAGAGCACACAGUGAAUGCCUCAGAGACUCAGAUCACCCUCCGUGACCUGCAGCCCGGUGUAACCUACACGGUGCGGGUUCGAGCAGACACAGUGUCAACACGCGGCGCUUGGAGCAAGCCACAAUGGUUCCACAUUGAAGUACAGGUCUCGGAUUUUUUCAUUUUCCUGGUGUCGCUGGGCAGCUUCAUGGGCAUUCUCAUCCUGGGCAUCUUCGGGUACUUAAGCCUGAAAAGGGCCGUGAGGUGCCUGUGCCCACCCUUGCCCACACCCUAUGCCAGUACUGCUGUUGAGUUCUCUGGCAGCCAGGGGAAACAGGUUUGGCAAUGGACCAAGCCAGAGAGUUUCUCAGAAGAGGCACCCACACAAGAGGCCCUGGUGGUGGAGACCUUCUGGGACAAAAGCGAGGGGAAUGAACUGGAUACAACUUGGUCUCUUGAGGAGCUAGCCCCUGAGGCCCAGGCUGAGGCUCCGGGGUCCAACAGACAGGGUGGUCUGGCGGAGGAGCAGCCACUGCUCGUAAAAGAUCUAAUGCAGAGUCUUAGACUCGGAGACACUCAGCACGUGGAGGCCUGA